CAAAACCCGAGUUACGCAGAUGAACAACGCCCACGUAACACGACCUUGUUGUGGUCCAGCGGUGUUAUCGUCGCUUGGGCCGUCUUAAUUGAACCAUAUUUCCCCCCCUUUCGUCUCUCUCCCUCUCUCUCUCCCUCUCGGACUCGACGAGGACGCCUUUCUAAUCCGACACCAUCAACAAUUGUAGAGAUACUUACCGACAUUCAAUCCGAUUCGUCGGCACAACCGAGUAACGAGACCAGACCGCACACCGUACCUUUCUUCGGUUGUACAUAUCUCGACCAUACCUCGACCAUAAUACCCAUCUGUACCUGCAGUCCACCACUGUGUCGCUUUAUAUCGCGCAUCUCUGGUGUUGUAGUGAUCGACCUCGGGACGUCAUGGUCCAACCCUCUGCCGCCGCCAACACGGCCGCCGGCGCAUCCUCAUCCUCAUCACGGCCGCAGACUCCUCGAACUCCUCGAACCCCUCGCGCUCCCCGACCACAGCGAACCACGUCUUCCGGGUCAUUCCACGCUGGCGCUCCGUUUCCCCAGUUCAACAGCCCCUUCAAUGACAACGGUCGAAGAACCUCGGUGGCCACGAUACGUCCCAUCCGCCGACAGUCCACCCACAAAUACCACACCUUCCCAACACAACCACCCAAGACGCCCUCCUCACCUCCGCGAAACGACCCGUGGAGUGCAUAUGCCCAACAACGACGCGACGGCGAGCAUGGCCAUGAUGAUGGAAGCAUAUCGGAUACAUCACAAGGCGAAGACGACGCUGUCACACCGCUACCGUGGAAACAGCUGGGCCUCCUGGCGCUGUUGUCCCUAGCCGAACAGACAGCCCUCAACUCCAUCGGUCCAUACCUUCCCACCAUGGUGGCAUCUUUUGACGAGAUUCCUGAUGGCGACGAGGGACUGUAUGUCGGUCUUUUGGCCUCGGCCUUUGCUCUUGCGCAGUUGGUGACCAACCUGUUCUGGGGCUACCUCUCGGAUCGCAUCGGUCGUAAACCUGUCAUGUUUGCAGGCUCCCUUUUACUGAUGGGCUGCUUCGUGUGCUUCGGCUUCUGCAAGACAUAUGUCCAGCUCAUCAUGGUUCAUGUUGCCAUGGGAUUGCUCAAUGGAAAUGCGGCCGUGGUGCCAACAGCCCUGGGAGAAGUCACGGAUCGCACAAACCAGACUAGAGCCUUCACCUGGCUGCCUAUCAUCUACAGCCUUGGUAGCAUCACCGGUCCUGCUCUCGGUGGUCUGCUGGUUGGUACCGUCGGGGCCGACAAGUACCCAUUCCUUGGCCCCAACCUCAUGAGCGCCGGAUUCCUGCUCGUUGCCGUCCUUGUUCUCGCCAUCUGGUUCCGGGAGACAUUGGAGAAGGAUGAGGAGGAAGACGCCAGCGACUAUACUACCAUGUUCAAAAAGGCUCGUACCCUUCUCGCCGGCUGUCUGGGCCGAAACAACAAGUCCAAUCACCGGAAUGACGAAAGCGACGCUCUCCUCGGCGAGCAUGGAGAUGCCACAAGCGCCAAAGACAUCGCCUCGGACCAAAAGUCUGCUUUCCGCCAACUUGCCAACCGUACCACCUUGAUCCUGCUGUGCACCUAUCUUGUCUUCCAACUGACCAACAUCUCCUACAACUCGCUCUACCCCAUCUUCGCCUCGGCACCCCCGCCCAACGGCCGUAACCUGGGACCCAGCACCAUUGGUCUCAGCUUGUCUCUGGCAGGAUUGGCUACCAUUGCCUUUCAGGCUUUCGUCUUCCAACCGCUCAAGGCGCGCGCGGGUAACAUGGGUACUUACAGAUACUCCCUUCUGGGAAUGGCUAUAUCUAUGGCGCUCAUGCCUUGGAUCGGCUACAAGGACCAGAAAGACACUUGGUUCGGGAUUGGGUCCGGCAAAGCCUGGCUGUACAGCGAGUUGGGUGUCAUUUUGUUGCUCAAGAACAUUUGCGCUGUUGGCGGCUUGAGCAGUGUGAUGCUUCUGAUCACAAAUUCUGCCCCUUCCCACGAAUCCCUCGGCACACUGAACGGCAUUGCCCAGACACUUUCCGCUGCUGGUCGUAGCGUCGGCCCCUUCAUCUCCGGCGGGCUUUUCACCCUGACAAAUCAUGUCCAGCCAAAGGGAGAGGCGAUUGCCUGGGGCGUAUUUGCAGGUGUCGCCCUUCUUGGGUGGUUUGGCACCUUGAUGAUUCGAGGACGUGAGUUGGAGAGCGCCGACUGGCAAGGCGAUGAGGAGGAUGAGGAUCACGACGAGGAGGCCGCCCAUGAUUCGGACCGGUGACCAGUGAUUUGCUAUCGUCAUGACGGACCCAGCACAAGAUAAUACAUGAUGUCCUUUCUUUCUUUGGGUAUACCGAGCAUCAUACAACCAGCGGUACUAAAUCGAUUUGCAUUAUCACGAGUCCUUCCGUCUCUCUUGGCUGAUUUGUCCUAUGUAUUUGGCUGCUUGUCAUAUUGGUCCUGGAAUUCUUCAUCGCCGCCGCGUUUACGCUUUAUCAUUGCGUAACCCACCGCGGUAUGACUGUCUGUCGGCCCAAAAACAGGGUCAAGCGCCCACAUUCUCAGAACCACUGGCAGAUACGACACUGACUGGGCGGGAGCUCAUGUGCCAUAUCCUUGAUCUACAAUCCCUCUGCAUCUAGGGUUGCAUAUGAUGGAGGAAACUCUGCUUACGCCUCUCAUAGCCCACAGUCCCCUUGUUCCAUUCAGUCUGUAUAUAGGCUAACCACCGGGAUAGGACUACCAGGGCCACUGCCACUGGGUACAUCAAAGAUUAUUACGGGGAUAUGCCUGUGGAAAAGACGAAAGAUGCAACCAAACCAGAUCGCGAUUAUCUUAUUGGAAAAAUGAUAUCCAGCCGUAUCUUGGUUGGGAAAUGGGACAUUGCUUGACGUGACGGAACGGAUCUCCGCGGUAUAAUACUAUUCGUCUUCCUGUCAUUGACCAUGCGGAAUCCAUGGAUGCUGUAACCGACAACUGGACUACCCCUUUUUGUCCGAGGUCACCGGCACCAGCCCUGAUUAUCC